GAAAGAGUUCGAAAGCAAAAAAGACAAAAUAUCUUAGCGAGACUAAAAAUUUGUGAAUAUCUUUACAUGUGAAAGAUGCUGUCACUUAGCAAAUGUGUAUUCCUUUGUUUGAUCAUGUUAAUCACCAUAAAAAUGGCAAGCUGUAUCGUGAAUCGACCACCAGAUAAUAACAACAAUAAUAAUGAUGCGAGGAAGAAGGAGACAUUGAACUUACCAAGUGUAUUCAACAGGUUUAAGAAGCAAAAUUUUGAGAGCAAAGAUUAUAAGAAUCACUAUCCACAUUUAGGCAGCCUAUGGGCAAGUCCCGGUCAAUUUCCACUGUUUACAUUUUCUCAUCCUAAUCCAGCGAACAUUAAUAAUCUCGUCAAUACCGAAAACGACAAUGUUGAUGUCAAUGGAGUUGCACAAGACGUUCCCAUUAAUUCUGCAACUGGCUACGUCUUUCAGAAACCAACCAGAAUUAAACAAAGUUUUAAAACAUUUGGAAUUAAACUGGGAAAAGUUGGAUCUCUUUAUGGCACCGGCGCGUAUUUUAGUCACCAAGAUUACCCACAUGAAAUACGAUAG